GGCCGACGAAUCUUUCCUCGUGAGGCUCUCCGGAAAGAGCCGAAGCAUCAUCGUGGCGUCAUCAAUGAGCGCCACCAGGUUGAUGCAUUUAGCUUCACAUCAAUAUGACACAAAACUCUUACCAUUCCAACGAGAAGGACACAACGGCAGACUGAUCCUGAUCUUAACCACAAUAUAUAACUGCAAGUUUCUACUACGAUGACCUGUAACAUUAGGUGGGAAAUGCAAUAGGACAACCGCUAUUCUUGAUUGGAGACCAGUUAAAAAAAUAAAGUAACCAAACAAAGAACAUUCCCCACCACAUGGAUAAAAAGAGCAGCAGGGAAGAAGAGAUCGAAGUUUGAAGUGGUCUCUUGGGGAUGGGGUUAAACUAUCACAGGAAGACGUCAUGGUUCACAGCAACUCUGCUUCCCCAAUGAAAACAUCUCUUCCACCUAAUGUAACAGAGGCAGCACCUCCUGAGAAAGCAGCAACUCCUCCAGUGCUGCCUCUUAGAGACACUUCUGAUGAGGACUCAUCUCCUAUCCCAACCAAACUCCUGGCCUCAGACGUCACCUCCAUUUCAAAUGUCUCCCAGCCCACUACUCAAAACUCCCAUGCAAAACUAGGCCACCAGUUAUAACUCCUAAAAUUACACCGAAAGUUAAGUCAAGCCAUGCAUUGGACUUGCCUUCUACACACUCAAUAACCCCCACUCAAGGUACAAUUAAUGGCCGUACGUCAGGCAGAAAGAGGACUCCCAAGACUUGUGACUGUUGUGGCCCCAACAGAAGGGGGCACGAUGUCGGAACUCAAGGCAGAGGGAGAGGGAAGGGAAGGGGACGAAGCAGAGGAAAAGGCCCCGGAAGAAACAUCCACUGCACCCCACAACAGAAAAGUGGGGACAAACUCAUGAGAGUAAUUGACUUUGACCUGACAGAGGAUGGGUUGGCAGAAGUGGAGGAUGAAACUGACAUGGAAAAGGGGACGGAAGUAUCAAAUCCACCCUCAGCAUCAACUGCUCCUUCACAAAACUGCCUCUCUUUACUGGAUGGAGAUGUCUUGGACAGUGGCCAGAUACGUUGCUCAGAAAUGACGACGCCAGCGACAUUUGCUUCGAAACAGCAAACGAUCAUUGGAUUUAAACAAGGUGUUGAAGAUGCUUUAUUCUCAAUUCUGAAAAUGCCCAAACCCCGUCAGUGUUGGUGUCACAUGAGGAGCAUAUGAACUGUACAUUGGACACAUCACCGAUGGGAAAUGGAGAUUCCGUUAUUCUGUCUGAAACAGAACCUGAAAAGGAGACGGUUGAGGACAAAAGCAACAUGAGUGAACCAAGAAAUGGAACCCUUUGCUCAUCAGGAGAGUCGGCUUCCCCUUCAAGGCCAGGAAGCCCUGAGAACCACGACUCAGAGAUGCCGGUUGUAUUGGAUUCCGAUAGAAUGGACCAAUUGUGUAUAGGUCUGUCACCCACCCUGUCCAAUGGCAAUGCCACAUCACCCGCAGACCACAAUUCCAGGUCCACGCCUAUGGAAACGGAUAGUACAAAUCCAGCUAUUGUUUCUUCUCAUCAUUUUCCUAUUUCGGUGUGCAGUACACAGUACUGCUGUGCACUAAGAGACCACAGGUUGUACUGUCAUUCCGGAACUUGGGACAAAGAGGAAACGCCCGUGAAGAAUCUGUCAGAAGAAACAAAUGUACAAGAGAUGGAAGGAGAUGGACAAAGUGAUGAUUGCCUGGAGAGACUUAUUAAUCUGGUCCAUGAGUUCUUGGAGAGCUUCUACAUAAAAUAUGGCAGUUUCAUUCCCCUCAGUGAGACGGAUGUCCUCGAAUACCUGAUGACGAACAGCAACUGCAACGACUUCAGCAACACGGGAUUAAAUAUCCAGAAAGAGAUGGCACGCUAUAAGGGAGCACUAGCCUCUGCACCUGUUGCUGGCUUUAUGGUUAUGUAUAACAAGCAUACGUUGACCCUGGAGGAUCUUUCCACGCUGGAGGAACAGAACUGGAUAAAUGACCAGAUUAUCAACACCUAUGGAGACUUGAUAAUGGAAGCAGCUCAGCAUAAUGUUCAUUUUUUCAAUAGUUUCUUCCACAAGCAGUUGGAUGCCAAGGGCUACGAAGGCGUAAAGAGAUGGACCAAAAAAGUGGAUUUGUUCUCCAAGUGGCUCCUGCUAAUUCCAAUCCACUUGGAAAUCCAUUGGUCUCUUGUCACCGUGAACAUGGCAACCAAGACCAUCAAUUACUUUGACAGUCAAGGCAUCGUCUUCCGGCACACUGCCGAUAACAUAAUGAAGUACCUUCAGUCUGAAGCUCAAGAGAAGAAACAAACUCAUUUCCUUAAAGGUUGGAAGAUUGCAAUCAACAAGGGUAUUCCUCAGCAGAAAAAUGACAGUGACUGUGGUGUUUUUGUCCUAGAGUAUUGCCGAUGUCUCUCGGUGAAGAAACCUCUGCUGUUCAGUCAGGACGACAUGCCUCACAUUCGGAAACGAAUCUACAAGGAGCUGUGUGACCGACAGCUCAACUCUUAAAUGGCCGCCUCAGAUCACAGACUGCCAGCCUGAUCAUGUGCAGGUCUACCAAGCUCUUCAGACAGACCUUAUUUUACUGAGCAUCUGUUACGUAAGGUUCACAAACAACUGGGCGAGCUGCUUUCCUACGAGCAGCAGAUUUCUUUGUCGACUUGGAAAGAACUACUGACGUGGCCUCCUACUGAUGCUGGACUCCUAUGCUUCACGUUGCCUUUUUGCUUUCAGCACGGUCAGUUGAUUUGAACCGGCCACUCUUAAGGACACACAGGUUGUCUUCCUUGGACUCAUGCAGGCACCCAACCUGCUUCAACCAAAUAGAGUGGCCAUUUUAAGCAUAAUAACGUGUGUUUUAUCCAGGACUUUGACAGCAGCACCUCAUAUGUUCGUGUUAUCUGAUGUUGUACGUCAAGAAAAAAAGUUGGAUUCAGUGAACCGAAUGUUCACCUAAAACUUGAAGAUGGGAGUUUGCUUGUCUUUUUGUGGACUGCUAAUAUUUGCACGGCUAUUGAGGCUUUCUACUUUGAAGAAUUUAGAAUAACAAGCGAAUGUACUACCUGUGUACUCUUGCUUUCUCUCCUGUGACUUUGUAUAAUACAAGCUUAUUUUACCUGUGGCUCCAAACAUGGGUACGGAGUUAACUUUGUUUCGAGUGUAAGGUCUUAUGACACCAAAUAAUUUCUUCUUGAAAUUUCCGUUUUUUUCCACCUUAUUUUGUCAUGCUAUUAUCUACCAGACUCUUUAGCUAUACUUGUUAAACCCUGAUUUCAAAACAUUCAAGCGUGUCCAUCCAUUUGAACUAAUAUGUACUUUCUCAUUAUUGUUAGAUGUGCAAAUAAAGCUGCUUUUGUGAAGGCCGCAGUUUUAGGUGUUAGCCGAGCAGACAUAUUGUAUAAGAAGACAUUUUGAUGCAGGUGCGGAAAUACCUUCUCUGUUACAUAUUGUUGAAAGAAAAAAAAAAGUGGACCGUUUAUUUGUUCCCAAGCGUCCUUUCCCUCUUGCGUUUGCUGUUGUAUCCCUUCAUGUGGAGUUCAACUUUAUAAUACUGUCACUACUGUAAAUAUGUGCUUUAGUUAAACACCACAAGGGAAUCUUUGUUUUUAUUUUGUUUUCAAUCCAAGACUGCUGCCAACAUGAUGCUUUUCUCUUUGUAUCGCUCUUAUAUGUCUUUGAUAAGGUCGUAGUGAGGCAACAACAUGCGGUGACUGGAUUGUUUUUUUUUUCUUGUACUUGAACUCAUAACCUGUAGUCCCCAGGUGGAACCAUCCAGGUAAAAUACUCAACUGUAAUUUGUGAUUUUUUUUUUUUUUUCAACCAACAUUAUUUCAUCAUCUCUGACCUUAAAAACAAUUAUUUGUGUCCA